AUGAAUGACUUCUUGGGUGAUGUCAAGCAGACUGUGGGUGUUUGGUGCUCUGCACUGAACAAUGCUUCCCGUGGCAGCAUGUUGGACAGCAAUGCACCCAAACUCUCCAAGAAUGAGAAGAAGGAAGAUGGUGCAAACCAUGAGGAUGACAAGAAGAAAACAAAGGUGAUGAAAGGCAAGGAGAAGGGCAAGAUUUGUCUGGAGGUUGUAGAGUGGGAGAGACAGGGUGAAGGCAGUGGUGAUCCCAACAGCACAGGAGUUGUCCUCACUCCUGGCAAGUUGGUGCUGUUCAAGAAGAUCCUGGAUUUGGCAGCAAAGAGGUAUGGGACAGACAUGGGUCUGACAAAGAUGACCUUCAAGGUGUUGAAGGAUGGUGGAGUGGUCUCUAUCAAAGGGAACAAUACUCUUGCUAUCACCAAAGGGGAGGGAGAUCUCCCAUUUGGGUAA